AUGAGAUCAAAUGGAAUCUACGUCCUAGAGGCAUGCUUGUCCAGAAGAGAGAAUGUAAAGAAAGUGACAACAAAGGGAUCAUCACAAUUAAAGUCUCUAUUGUCUCAUAGUGGCAUGACAUAUCGGUUCAAGCAACUUCAACAUUUGGGAGAAUUGAAGAUUCUAUUAUCAAAUUUGGAACCCAAAGAGCAAAGGCUAUUGUUUAAAGGCAAAGAAAGGGAGAAUCAUGAAUACUUGCACAUGGUAGGUGUUAGAGACGAAGACAAGAUUUUGUUGUUAGAAGAUCCAGCCAUCAAAGAGAGAAAACUCCUCUCAUUGGCCGGAGAGCGCCAGACCAGUAUUCUGAGAAUGGCGUCUCAAGACAAAGGUCGGCCAUUGCCGAAAUUCGGGGAAUGGGAUGUAAACAAUCCUGCCUCUGCUGAUGGAUUUACAGUCAUAUUUGCCAAGGCUAGAGAUGAAAAGAAAGCCACGGGAACUGCUGCAACUGCUGCACCACCAUCGCAGACUGUAUCUCAACCAAACGCUUCUUAUGAGUAUUGUGAAAAGAAAAAGUGGCUUUGCUGUUUCUAA